CCCACCACAACCAUCCAAAAUGGAAAGUGUCCCAGGGGAUUACAGCAAACGUGUAUACCAAGGCGUGAGAGUGAAGCAUACAGUUAAAGAUCUCCUGGCGGAAAAGCGAUCCAGGCAGACAAAUAACUCCAGACUCAAUGGCAGUGUCAGUCCCUCCCAGCCCCCAUUCGUCCAGAUGCCAGGCUCACCGGUCAUGUCAAGUUACUAUGGCGUCAGGAGAUCUUUCCUGUCCGACUCAGACUUCCACGGCAGUAAAUCGUUCUCAAAUGACGUCUACACCUCUGGCGUGCCGAAGCCGCUCGCCUGCGAGUCUUCCGCGGGGCAGAGCCACAGCGCCCUGCUCGAGUCCUUCCUGGCGGAGCCGUACGGAGACUACCGCGCGCCAGGCUCGCUGUUCAGCGCCUCCGCCCUGCCGCCGCUCCUGCCGCCCUUCGCCAGCGACCCCGCGCACUUUGUGCUCAGAGACUCCUGGGAGCAGACUGUACCUGAUGUUCUCAGCCAGCCAGACCCUGUGUCUACUGAUGCCCUCCAGACCUUGCCACCUAGCACGAGUUGCCUCUCCCAGCUGGAGUCAGGAAGCAGCACUCCACACAGGAGCAGUGGCUGGGGGUCCUCGCUUGCUGGAGCUCAAUCCUACUCCCUGCAUGCGCUGGAGGAUCUACACCACACACCAGGGUACCCCACCCCGCCUCCCUACCCCUUCACUCCUUUCAUGACAGUGUCCAGUGACCUGCCUCCCAAGGUGGUGCCCCUCUCCCUAGAGGAGGGCUCAGACACUUCUUCCCUUCAUGACCCUUCACCUUGGAUGAAAGAAGAUGGGAGCAUGACCUGGGGGUCAUAUGAAUGCCGCAGAGCUUACUGAAGGGUGGACCAGAGGACUCCUGCACUCUUCGUUAAGUUCUGUAGCCCACAGAUUCUUGGGGGUGUGCUGGCUCAUCCAGACCUGAGUGCUCACUGUAAGCCACAGCGCUUCCCUUUGCUAAUGGACAAUGGGAUUUCUUUCCACGCUUACCCACUCUAUCUUGGAUUGCAUUCUAGCCAGACUGCCUUACAAUGAGGUGUUUUUUGGAACUUUGAUAAACCUCUAUACUCUGAAUCUUCUGUUAUAUUUGAAGCAUGUU